AUGGACGGCCUCGUAGAUUUGACGAACAACAAUUGUAGUUGUAGAAAGUUUCAGCUUGAGCAGCUACCUUGCAAGCAUGUAGUUGCAGUUUGCCGCUUCUUGAAACUAAAUGUAUACUCGAAGGCUUCUCGGUAUUACACUCGGAAUACCUGGUUGGAUGCUUAUUUGGAUAGCAUCUACCUGGUACAGGCUCACAAAAUGUGGGUUAUUCCUGAAGAUGUUCGAAGUCGAGUUGUGCUGCCUCCCAUGGCAAAAGUCAUGCUAGGCAAAUGGAAGAAGCUAAGAAUUCCUUCGCAAGGAGAGGGCACCAUUACAAGAAAAUGCUCAAGGUAA